AGCCACCUAACGUUGAAACUUGGAUGCGCUGUUUUUAGUAGUAAGCAUGCGCCGUGCUCUGUGAUAGACGCGCACAGAGAAGAUAGAAGCGUACAAACAUCCCCUCACACGAUCAUUAUCAUGUUAAAUGGUUGAUCGUAGACUCUGGGAGACACUAGCACUCGGACGACGCCUCACUCGCCUCAGAUGGGCACAAAAGGAGGAGGGUGAGACUGGGCUGGAGGCAGAGAUUGCUGAGACUGAAAGGGCCAGGGUCGAACAAGCAAGGGCUAAGGAUACUGCGAGGAAAAGAAAGUUUCGGGUUGAAGCCUCGGCAGAAUUAGCAGAGCUUGAAGAGCGCGCAAGGCAAGGCCAGCUUCCGAGUAGUGAUGCCGAACGUUUAGAGGAGCUUCAGUAUCGGCGCACAAAAGAGGCAACGCGAAGUCGGCUAAGUCACUCUAGCCAGGGGAGUAGGCGGAUCCAAACUUCACAGCCAAAGCAGGCGCUUUCCAAAUUGUCUCCUAGUGCUGCGGAUGCACAAGCAGGAUUUUCAGCAUCUUCUAUGACAGCGCCGAACGCUUUGCCAUCGAUCCAAAGCGAUUCUUCAAAUUUGAACGCUUCGCCGGCGAUUGACAUUCUUGGUCUUCCCUCAUCGACGGCAGAGCAGCAGCGCCACGUUGCGCAGGCCGUGGAGUCUCCUCUGUCUCAUGCCUCUGCAUAUUGCACAUGCACGCCAGCUGUCUCAAGCUCAGAGGAUGUUGAGCUAGGAAGCCAUGUCAAUGCAUCAUCUUCUGGCACAGGGAGACCUCAUCCGGGAAGGCAUGUACAAGAUGCCGAGUCUGUAGCAUCACCAGGGAAGGGCACAUCAGAUUCAAAUGAUGCACAAGCAUGUCAGUCGCUUAAGCGGCCCGCUACUGCCCUAUCAAAGCCUUCUAUGGCAUCAAGUAGCCAGAAUGGGACCCCCAACAAGCAACAGAAGAUGGAGAGGGCGAAACCUUCUGGUCUCUUCACAGGCCUACAGUCUUCACCAGAUGCAGAUUUGGCGAUCGUGGACGGUAUCGCCAUCAACGGACAUGGUCCUCCGGCAACAAAAGCACUGCCGAAUGCUCAUGACAACGUCGAGACUGAAAGAAAGAACGCUAGUCAACAAGAGUCGUCACAUAUCAGUCAUGCUAGACAGCGGAUAGCGAGGCUUGAGAGUGAACUUGAACAGAUGCAAGAACGGCUGGCGAGUAUCUUGUAUGAGCAAAGCAAGAAACACCAAGCUGAUAUGGAGCAACUCGAGGGCCGCUUGUCAAGAUCAUAUCAACUACAGCUGGAAGGGAUCGAAGCUAGAUUGAAAGCUCGAUAUCAAGAAUUUCGAACACGGUCGCUCAAAGAGUCUGAGGCGAAGCUACUUGCUACCACCGGAAAGGCUAAUGCUCCAGCUGCCAAUUCGACGCGGAGUGGUACGAGCGAGGGUAUUCAAGAGGAACUCCCCUCUCAGCCGGCACCCAGGAGACUGACUGUGACAGCGGAAGGCCUUGUCCAGGAGCUCUCCACCUACAAAAAGCAUGUUUUAGACCACAGCGAACUUGGAAGGAAGCUUGAUCCUUUAGUGUACGACGCCACCCAUCAACUCCUUGUCUGCACACUCUGCGAGCAAGCCGUCUCCCCUGACCACCUUGAAAACCAUGUCAAGCUUUUUGAGCUUCACAAAACUCAAGGCUCCUAUAGCAAGGAGUGGGUUGAUAUGGUUCUCAAGCUCUGCGAUGACAAUGGCCUGGAUCCAAAGAAUCUGCAAUCUUUCCGCUGGUCAACAAGUCCCAUACAGCCAAUAGAUGGGCUGCCAGUACAUGGAAAUGCUUAUCGGUGCACAAUUUGCGCACACAUCUGCCUCAACGCGUCUUUUAUGAGGAAUCACUUGGCCAAAGCGCAUCAGUUGAGUCUAUCUAAGAAAUGGUGCACAGCGGUCUUUUGCCAGCAGCUCAGUCGGAAAGGACCCUUCGCACGGUUCUUCGAAGUUGUUGACAGUGCUGACCUCAGUGAUAUCACGGUAUCGCGCGGAUCAGGCAGCUAUCAGUCUGCGUGAGUCUUGCACGGAUCUGUCACACGAGCUGCAAUAGCAGCCAAAUAUAAAUUUGACAUGGAUGGUGCUCUACUGAGUGUGUACGUAGCUUCGGCUGUAAACAAGAUCAUUACAGCUAGCCAAACUGAUUCCCC